CCCUUCCUAGCCAAACCUUUUCUUUCCUCUUCUCAAUUCAAUCUCGAAGCUUCAGCGUUCCUCUUCUGUUGUAUACCCAGCGUCAUGGCCGCUCUCCCAAAACUCCCUUUCUUCAUCCGCAAUUCCUCCCGGACGCUGUCCCGUUGGAGGAAGCCCCUCAUUCAGCCCCCCGCACUACGCACCCUCGUCACCAAGCACCCCAAGGACUUUAUCCCUCCCACGGAAGAGGAUCUGGUGGAGCUUCGUGAGCGCGUGCAAGAGUUUACCCGGCGCGAAAUUCCUGAGGAAGUGGCCGCGCAAACCGACGCCCAGAAUGAGUUUCCGGCGGAGAUGUGGAAGAAGCUGGGUGAAGCUGGGUUCCUCGGCAUCACGGCCAAUGAAGAGUACGGUGGGCUGGGGCUGGGGUAUCAGGCUCACUGCAUAGUCAUGGAGGAGAUCAGUCGGUCAUCUGGAAGCAUCGCCCUCUCCUACGCCGCACACUCCCAGCUCUGCGUUAAUCAGCUCUCCCUGAACGGAACAGCCGAACAAAAAGAACGUUUCCUUCCUGGUCUUCUAUCAGGCGAUAAAGUCGGCGCCCUUGCAAUGUCUGAGCAUUCUGCCGGAUCCGACGUGGUCAGCAUGAAGACAACGGCCAAAGCCGUCGACGGUGGGUGGCUAUUGAACGGGACGAAGAUGUGGAUUACCAAUGGCCCCGACGCAGAUUACAUUGUCGUCUACGCAAAGACCGAACCUGAAAAGGCCUCCAAGGGUAUCACGGCCUUCGUCGUGGAAAAGACCUUCAAGGGAUUCUCCUGCGCCCGCAAGCUGGAUAAGCUGGGCAUGCGCGGCUCCAACACCGGCGAGCUCAUCUUUGAGGACGUCUUCGUGCCGAAGGAAAAUGUCCUUGGGGAGGUGAACCGCGGUGUAAAGGUUCUAAUGGAGGGCCUGGAUCUGGAGCGCCUUGUGCUCAGCGCUGGCCCGCUGGGUCUCAUGCAAGCCGCUCUCGAUCUUGUCCUCCCCUACACACACGUCCGCAAGCAGUUCGGUAUACCUAUCGCCCACAACCAGCUAAUCCAGGGUAAGUUGGCGGACAUGUACACCAAGCUUGCGGCUUCUCGGGCCUACACAUACGCCACUGCGCGACAGAUCGACAACUCGGCUGUCGAGCCAUCCGGUGCAUUGAUCCGGACGCAGGACUGCGCCGGCGCGAUCCUCUAUGCUGCGGAGAGGGCGACGGAAUGUGCCCUCGACGCGAUCCAGCUGAUGGGCGGAAACGGGUACAUCAACGAGAUCUCCGCGGGACGGUUACUGCGGGAUGCGAAGCUGUACGAGAUUGGGGCUGGGACGAGCGAGAUCCGACGAAUGGUGAUCGGGCGUGCGUUUAACAAGGAGUUUGCAUAGACAUUAUUGGCCCUUUGCAUUUAUCUUGUCCGGCCCUGUUCGUUUGCUCCCAUGUCACAUAUACCACCAGACUUGCAUGCUCGGAUUAUCUAGGGUUCAUACCAUAUGUCAAGUUGUAU